GGCUCAUAUCACCAUCGUUCUGCCCCACCACCGCCGGCUGAAGGAAAAAACACUCCGCCUCAGUUCCUGUGAGUCACAGCUGUUGGUCCUGGCCUCGGUGUGACAGUUGCCAACACCUGAUGAUUGUGCGCCAGUUUGCCUGCAGAGCCUUUAUAAAUGCUCACCUGGAUACCCACCUGAGAAAGCCCCAGGUCAGCCAAACCAUGGCCAGACCAAGUUCAGACUUGGCAGCAUUCAGGAAGAUUUUCUCCAAGGCCAGCAAUAUCGCCAUCAUCACCGGAGCAGGGGUCAGUGCUGAAAGUGGAGUACCCACCUUCAGAGGAGCCGGAGGCUACUGGAGAAAAUGGCAAGCACAGGAACUGGCCACUCCAGAGGCCUUCUCCAGAAAUCCUUCACGUGUGUGGGAGUUUUACCACUACCGCCGUGAGGUUAUGCUAACAAAAAAUCCCAAUCCUGCCCACCUGGCCAUUGCUGAGUGUGAGGCGCGUCUGAGUAAACAAGGGCGUAAGGUUACUGUCAUCACUCAGAACAUUGAUGAGCUCCACCGCAGAGCCGGAUCCAAAAAUGUCCUGGAAAUCCAUGGUAGUCUGUUUAAAACACGCUGCAUGAGUUGUGGUCAUGAAGCAGCCAAUUACAAGAGCCCCAUUUGUUCCGCUCUGGAGGGCAAAGGAGCUCCAGACCCAAACACACAUGAUGCCAAGAUCCCAGUCCAGCAGCUGCCCAGGUGUGAGCAGACAGGCUGUCAUGGCCUCCUGAGACCAGCUGUGGUUUGGUUUGGAGAGACACUGGACGCUGACAUCCUCACCAGUGCAGAGACCGUGCUAGACAGCUGUGACCUCUGUCUCGUGGUUGGUACUUCAUCAGUCGUGUAUCCUGCAGCCAUGUUUGCUCCUCAGGUCGCAGCCAGAGGCGUCCCUGUGGCUGAAUUCAACAUGGAAGACACACCGGCCACUAUGCGCUUUAAGUUCCACUUCCAUGGCCCCUGUGGGACCACCUUACCCCCUGCACUGGCACGCCAUGAGGCCGAACAGAACUGAAAGGGUCAGCUGCACACAGACCAGACUGUCGAACACUGGAGGACUUUUGCUACAAAUACAAAGAAUUCAGUAUAAGUACACAACAUGACUGUGGAGAUGAAGUGAAAGGGAACCUGUUUGUUUUAAUCUGUCACGCAGAUAAGAUAUGUAAACGGAAGCAUGAAUAUGACUAUAUUAUAAAUAGCUGCCUGAA